AUGGGUCAGCGGGUCCUGAAUCGGCCGGAAAAUGGUCUAACGGAUUCUGAACAGAACAAUUCUGAAGAAACAUCGAAAGUGUCUGACGAGAAGAGGAAAAGUGACGCAAACGGAAGAAUUGGUACAGGUGCAAAUUGCAACGACCCUGGACCGAGUACGUCAGCUCCGAAUCAGAGUCAAAAUGCGAAUCAGAGCAAAAUUAACAUUGUCACGAAAGCUUUCAAACUCUUCCGUAAGAACAAAGUGAGUCCGGAAAACGCGGAAGCUUCAGUUUUCAUGAACAGAUUCGGUCUUAAUAACAGCAAACACACAUCACGUGCUGAUGCUGAAGCACACGGUGAAACUGAAUCGAAUGGAAACCGAUUUGAGUAUUUACUUAAAAAACAUGUGGUCGAUACAAAGGAUGAAUUUUAUUACUAUUGGUUGGGUGUUGUCUCAUGUGCCUUCACGUAUAAUCUUAUCGUUGUAAUUGCUCGGAGUGUUUUUAAAGAUUUAGCUGCUGGUCUUCUGUGGAUUUUAUGGGCGAUUCUUGAUGUGGUUGCCGAUAGCAUAUAUCUCUUUGAUAUGUUCAUUCGAUCUCGAACUGGUUAG